AUGUAUUCUACACUUCGUCUCCCGCUACUCCUCACCGUAGCUGCGACUGCACGAUCGCAAUUUGUCAAGGCUCCUACGGAUCUUACUACUACGACGGGAUAUUUGGAUUUACAGGUUCGCUAUAAGGAGGUUCCGAGCGGGAUUUGUGAGUUGCAAGAGGGAGUGAAGAGUUUGAGUGGUUAUGUGGAUGUGGAGGAGGGACAACAUAUUUUUUGGUGGUUCUUCGAAACCCGUAAUGGAAAUGCAUCGGAAGCUCCAUUGACUGUAUGGAUUAAUGGCGGACCUGGUGCAUCGUCUAUGAUUGGAUUGUUUGAGGAAAAUGGACCGUGUUAUAUUGAUGUCGAUGGAAAUGUGGUUAAUAAUCCUUAUAGUUGGAAUAAUGUUAGCAAUAUGCUUUACAUUGAUCAACCCUCUCAGGUCGGUUUCUCAUACUCCAUUCCUGUAAAUGGAUAUGUUGAUCCUAGUUCGGGUGCAAUCGUCACAUUACCCAAUGCUACUUGUCCGGAUUAUGCACAGGAUUGGGAUUGUGGAACUUAUAGUUAUGCGAAUGAAAGUCUGACGGUUAAUUCUACGCAUGCUGGAGCUCCAGGCUUUUGGAAAACAUUGCAAGGAUUUAUGGGUGCUUUCCCUGAAUACUCUCGAAACGGAUUUCACUUUGCGACUGAGAGUUAUGGUGGUCAUUAUGGUCCUAUUUAUAAUGAGUACAUCGAAACUCAAAACGCCAAGAAUAUCUCGGGUGCUCUUCAAAUCUCUCUCGAAUCUGUUCUAAUUGGAAAUGGUUGGUAUGAUCCAUUGAUUCAAUAUCAAGCAUACUAUAACUUCACCGUUUCACCUGGUAACACCUACGAUUAUUCCCCCUUUAACACAACCGUGGAAGCUCAACUGUACAAUAACCUAUACGGUGCUGGAAAUUGCAUCGAUCAGGUUAAGGAUUGUGCGGCCAGAGGUAUCAAUGAGAUUUGUGCCGCUGCGGAUAACUUCUGUGCUGAUCUCGUUGAAAAUAUCUAUGAUAUUUAUUCGGGAAGAGAUGAAUAUGAUAUGAGAGAAUUGAAACCAGAUCCUUUCCCAUAUGGUUAUUAUGCUUCUUAUCUCAAUACUCCCGAGGUACAAGCUGCCAUUGGUGCCUUCCAGAAUUUCACUACUGGUUCAAAUGCGGUUGGAAAUGCUUUUGCUUCUACUGGUGAUGAUGACCGCGAAGCUGGUACCAUUGAAGCAGUGAGAGCCCUGCUCACCCAAGGAGUAUACGUUGCAAUGAUGGCAGGCGAUGCCGAUUUCAACUGCAACUGGCUCGGCGGCGAAGUAAUCUCCCAAGAAGUAAACGCACCCAACUUCUCCCAAGCAGGCUACACCAACAUCAGCACAUCAGACUCAAUCGUACACGGCCAAGUAAAACAAUCCGGACUCUUCUCCUUCUCACGCAUCUACGAAUCCGGCCACGAAGUCCCCUUCUACCAACCUCUUGCCGCUCUCGAAAUCUUCCAACGAGUUAUCUCACGACUGGAUAUUGAGACUGGUUUGAUUAGUAUUGAUGCUAAUAAGACUUAUUUGUCGGUGGGUACGGAGAAGAGUACGUAUAGAGAGGGUAAUAAAACGAUUCAGUUUGAGGUUUUGCCAGCUGGUAGUACGUAUAAUACUACGUUGAAUGGACCGAAUCCGGUGGAGGGUGGGAAGAGAGAGGGGAAGAGGGAGUUGAGGAGGAUGGUUUUGGGGAGGGAUGGUGUGGUGGGUGGGAAAAGGAGGGUUAAGUUUGGGGGUAGGAAGUAG